AUGUUUAGAGAUGAACAAAUUGUUCUCGGUGAUGAAAUGAUCAGUCGCACCGAAGAAAGCGACCGGUCGCUUGUGCAUGAAAAUAGUGACUCUUGUGAUUCUUGUGUAGCUGAAUUCGAUGCAAGACCCCCCUUUGUCCAGCCACUGCUCCAAUCAAAUUAUGAUAGUGAAACAAGUGAGGUAAUCCCUGAUGUUUUAUCUAUGCCAAGUUAUGAGUUGUCCCCACGUACCACUCGUGGGAAACUUGAACAUAAGGCUGAUUGUUCCAUUGACCUUUACAAGGCUAGAUUGGUAGCGAAUAGUUAUACUCAAACCUAUGGAGUGGAUUACUUAGAGACCUUUGUUCCAGUAACAAAGCUCAAUAAUUUUGAUAUCAAGAAUGCGUUCCUACACGGUGAUCUCAAUGAGUAG